GCUUCGUUUCUAAUACGCAUUGUUAUGUACUUCGUCGAAAUACCUCUCUCUAACAUCAUGCAAAUAGCAUCGAUUUGUAUUUGACACGGUAUGGGGAAGGGGGUUAAGACUUCCCUCAUCCCUUCAUCCGUCUUGACGCCCGACUGGUCUCUUGCAUGGGAAUCAUGCCGGUUUUCCUGAUAUGCACUUGUUAAGGGUGUGGGUGAUCGGCCUUCUGCUGCCUGCCGUGGUGAUGGGCGGCAGCAGUUGCCCCAGCGGCUGGAAAUCCAGCGGGAAGUACUGUCUCUCCUCGAGCAACUCGAGCACGUUGGUGGCCGCCAAGGCCCAGUGUGUCGCCGCGGGGGGCAGCCUGGCCAGGCCAGCCGACGACGAGGAGAACCGCCUCUUCGGGGACAACAGCAGGUUUGCCUCGAUCUGGAUCGCGGCCACGAAGAGCGGUGGUGCCUUUGCAAACGGAGAUACCGUCAGAAGCAGUACGUACAACAACGACGAUAACUCUUCGACGUCUGGAACUACAGUGGGGUACUACUACAUGUUCCCUCGGCAAUGGCGCAACACGAACUGCAAUAACCUGUAUGGCUACUUCUGCGAGAAGCCGACGACGGGAGGGUCUCGUUCCAGUCCUUACGUUCUCAACAGCUCUCGAUGCUUCAAGUACGAAAUCCUCGACAAAAUCACCAGGGAUGGUGCCGUCGCAGUGUGCGCCCAAGAGGGAGCCGUCCUGGCCAAAGUCGAUAACGCGGAAGUGCGAGAUUUCUUGGCUAUCGUCCCGAGAGGUGUAGUGCGUCAAUCAUACUGGGACGUGGCUUCGUCCACAUCCCAGUCGGCAGGCAUAUGGAUCGGUGCGAAGCGGGACUCGGCUGGAAGCGCUUUCAAGUGGACGGACGGCAGUGACCUCGCCUUCACCGACUGGGUGCCGGGCUAACCGGAUUCCACGGCUGGCAACUGUGUGGCGUCUACGCCGAGCAAGUGGUCGAUGGUGGGCGCUGUGUCUGAAAGUGCGAUGGCUCAGAAGCUGGGAUACGUGUGUCGACGCGCUGGAAGCUCGUUGGCCCUCACCGGAUUCUUUGCUUGUCUCUACCAGGCCGUCGUCGGCUUUUUCCUCUGAUCGUCUUUCCGUUCACCUGACGAUCUGGGGUGGCACUUUCGAGCGAUCCGCGUCGUGGAUCACUGCACGCUAGGG